AUGUCAAUUAACGAGGAAGAUUAUCUUCAACUUGAAAAGGAAAUCAAAUUAGAUGACAUUGAUUUUUCUGAUUUAGAAGAAAAAUAUGAAGUUAAUAUUGGAUUAGAUAAUUAUAUUAUUGUUGAUGGAGCUCCAAUUGCACCAGAAGCUAAAGUUCCAGUUUUAAUUAAAGUUUUACGGAAAUUAUUUUCUCAAGUUGGGGAAAUUGUUGAAGGAGAUGAAGGAAUUUAUAUGCCAUUAGAAAAUGGUAAAUCUAAAGGAUAUCUUUUCAUUCAAUUUAAAUCAACAGAACUGGCCGAUUUAGCCAUUAAAAAAUUACAUGGGAAAAAAUUGGAUCAAAAUCAUCGAUUAUUAGUUAAUAAAUUAUCUGAUAUGGAAAAAUAUGGUGUUGAUGGAGCUGUUAAUGAAGAAUUCAUUGAACCAGAAAUUGAACCAUUUCAAAGUCAUGGAUAUUUGAAAUCUUGGUUACAAGAUGAACAAGGUAGAGAUCAAAUGGUUUUACAUUUUAGUGAAACGGUAGGAGUUUAUUGGAAUAAAAAAUCUGCUGAUCCAGAACCAGUCAUUGAACCAAGAAAAGGGUUUACUUCUAAAUAUGCUAAAUUUUCACCAAAAGGGACAUAUUUAUUUUCAAUUCAUCCUCAAGGUAUUCAAUCAUGGGGUGGAGCUAAUUUCAAUAGUAUUAAAAGAUUUUUCCAUCAACAAGUUAGAUUAGUUGAUUUUUCUCCAAAUGAAAAGUUUAUGGUUACUUUAUCACCUAUUCCAAUUAGUUUACCCGAUUCAACGGUUGAUCGUGCUCAAUUCCCAUUUGGUCCUGAAAGUGAAGGUCAUAAAUUGGUCAUUUGGAAUAUGAUUACUGGUGAACCAGUCAGAACAUUUGCUUUACCACCUCAUUUAGAAGGACAAAAGGAAAUGCCGUGGCCAUUAGUUAAAUGGUCUUAUGAUGAUAAAUAUUGUGCUCGUCAAGGACCAGAUGCUUUAGCCAUUUAUGAAACUGAAUCCAAUUUCCAAUUAUUAGAUAAAAAAUUGGUUAAAGUUGAUGGUAUUCAAGAUUUCGAAUGGGCUCCAGCUGGGGUUAAACUUCAUAAUAGUAAAGCUGUUGAUGGUAAACAUGUUUUGAGUUAUUGGACUCCAGAAAGUACUAAUCAAACCGCUAGAGUUGCCUUGAUGCAAAUUCCUUCGAGAGAAAUUUUACGUACUGUCAAUUUAUUCCAAGUUAGUGAUUGUAAAAUGCAUUGGCAAUCUAAUGGGAAAUUAUUAUGUGUUAAAGUUGAUCGUCAUACAAAAUCAGGUAAAACUAUUUUCUCCAAUUUGGAAUUUUUCAAAACUAAUGAAAGAGAUAUCCCAGUUGAAAAAUUAGAAUUAAAAGAUGUGGUGGUUAAUUUUGCUUGGGAACCAAAUACUGAAAGAUUUAUUACUAUUAGUAGAUUAGAUGAUGGUAAUCCGAAUCCUGCUAUUCCAAAAAAUACCAUUUCAUUCUAUGCACCAGAAGUUACCAAAGGUGGAGUUAAUCACAAUCUGAAAAAGAAAGGUGGUGCCGCCAUUGCUGCUGCUGUUGCUGCUGCUGCUAUUAAUAAUCAACUGUCAACUAAAUAUAAGGCAUACACCAAAAUCGAAAACAAACACUCAAACACUAUUUUCUGGUCACCAAAGGGAAGAUAUGUUGUUGUUGCUACUAUUUCAAGAACUUCUGGUGAAUUGGAAUUUUUCGAUGUUUCAUUUGAUGAUGAAACUAAUAAAAAAUCAUUACCUGCUAAUGUCAAAUUAUUAAAGACCGAUAAAUUUUCUGGAAUGACCAAUAUUUCUUGGGAUCCAUCAGGUAGAUUUGUUGCUGCUUGGUCAACUUCUUGGUUACAUGCCAUUGAAAAUGGUUAUAGACUUUAUGAAUUCACUGGUAAUUUAUUAAGAGAUGAUUCAAUUGAUCAAUUCAAAGAUUUUGUUUGGAGACCAAGACCACCAUCUUUAUUGACCAAUAGUGAUAAAAAGAAGGUCAGAUCCAAUUUACGUGAAUAUAGUGCACAAUUUGAAGAAGCUGAUGCUAUGGAAGCUGAUGCUGCUGUUAAAGAAAUCAUUUUGGCUCGUAGAAAGGCUUUGGAAGAAUGGAGAAAGUACCGUGCCAAACAUAUUAGUAAACAAGGUAAUUCCAAGAACGAAGUUCAAGCAGAAAUUAUUGAAGAAAUUAAAGAAGAGAUUAUUGAAGAAAAAGAAGAAAUUGUUGAAUAA